GUGACUGACAUGACGAGUCGCUGCUCUGACCUUCACUGAAUGACGAGUUACGCAGAUGACUGAUGCUUCUACACCAGAUCUGGAGUUGAAACUUCACCCUCAGCCUCUCAUGACAUUUGUCCCCUGGAAUACGAGUGUGUGACUCUGCUGCCUCUAGUCCAUCCAGCCCUAGUUUGCAUUGUGGUUUUGGACUUGACAGCACCAGUCGUCUUCUUGUGUGGGAUGCCCGGGCACAGAUGGAGAAGACGGUGAACCAUGAGGACGCUGGUGCGGCUGGUGCUGGGACUCUUCACCCUCCAGGCUGUGGUGGCCAGUCCAAGAUUCUCCCGACAAGCAGACUCCUACCACGGAAGCCACUACGAUGGGAACGAGCUCAAUCUGGAAAACCCGGACUUGUACGACUAUGAAGACGGCCUGACCAUCGAAGACCCUCAGAUAGAGAUCGGCACACUGGCCCCGCCCGACUACCACUACCCCAUCCCUGAGGCCUCCCUGGAGGAGCAGGAGGGCCUGGAGGAGGAGGAGGAGGAGGAGAUGCCGAUGAUGCCCCAGCUGGUCCCCCAGGGCUCCGGAGGGUCGGGGGUCCUCAUGGGCCCGGACACUCAGAAAGAGGUGGAGCUGCGUCUGACGCCCAUCGACAUCCUUCAUGUUUCCGGGGAUUUGGGGAGCUCGGACGGCUCUGGAGCCUCUGGGGUUUCUGGGGCUCCUGAGGCCUCCACUUCUGGAGUCUCCGGAGACCAGGAGGCUCCGAGUGGCUCCGGCAGUUCUGGGGACAUCGUCCUGGUGUCCGGGGACUCGGUGGAGAUCCUCAGCGCCGCGGGCUCCGGGGAGUUCUUGUUAUCAGGAGACCUCUUGGUAUCUGGGGAUCUCUCCGGGGACCUGUCGGGGUCCGGACAAGCCUCUGCAGACCUGGGCUCGGCAGCUUCAGGGGUUUCUAUUGAAUUCCCUGAGGGCUCCGUGGACCUGUCUGGGUUCUCCGGGGACCUCCUCGCUUCUGGUGCCUCUGGAAUUUCAGGGGUUUCCGGGGACUCUGAGGAGUCGGGGGUCUCUGGGAUCAUCCUGUUACCUGGAGAGGAGGAGCUGCCCCUCAUUCCAACCACCGCCCCCCACGAGGCAACUGGGGCUUCUGGCGAAUUCUCUGGAGCUUCGGGAACAUCAGGAGAUCUUGGCGACUUGGGGAUCUCUGGAGUCUCCGGAGACUCGAGUGUCUCUGGAGAAUCUGGGGAGCCUGAAGUCUCAGGAGCCUCUGGGGACAUAGUGAUCACCGAGGUGUCUGGAGAUGUGGAGCUCACUGAACCCUCUGGAGACACAAGAAUCUCUGAAGCCUCUGGAGAAGUAGAGGUCUCAGGAGACUCCGGGACUUCUGUGGUCUCUGGGUCUGGAGACACGGAGGAGGUCCCAGGUGUGACCUUGGUUCCUGAUAUUGAUAAAGAGGAGGGGCUUCUUCCCACCACAGCAGAGACCCCGCAGGAGGGGGCUGGAGGGGUAGAGGAGGCCUCCGGCUCUGAGCCGGAGGAGGCGGUGGUCGACCGGCGAGGGAUGCCCACCUGCCUGCUGUGCACCUGCCUCGGCGGCUCCGUCUACUGCGACGACCUGAAGCUGGACCAGGUGCCGCCGCUGCCCAAGGACACCACGCACUUCUACGCGCGCUACAACCGGAUCACCAAGAUCAACAAGUCCGACUUCGCCGCCAUGAGCAAACUCAAGCGCGUCGACCUGACCGCCAACCAGAUCGCCAGCGUGGACGACAAGGCCUUCCUGGGCCUGCCCAACCUGGAGGAGCUGGUGCUGCGGGAGAACCGCCUGUCACAGCUGCCGGCUCUGCCCGAGACCAUGACCCUGAUCGACGCCAGCCACAACAGCAUCGCCUCCAAGGGACUUGGCAGAGAGGCCUUUAAAGACAUGACCGGACUGCUGUACCUGUACUUGACCGACAACCAGCUGGACCACGUUCCGGUGCCUCUCCCAGACAGCCUGAGGUCUCUGCACCUCCAGCGCAACAACAUCCAGUCCAUGCACGAGGACACCUUCUGCAACCUGCGGGACUUCAGCUACAUCAGGAACGCGCUGGAGGACAUCCGUCUGGACGGCAACCCCCUCAACCUCAGCCGGACCCCGCAGGCCUACAUCUGCCUGCCCCGCAUUCCCAUCGGGGACCUGAUCUGAGCUGCUGACCUCUGACCCCCACCCACACGCCCUUGUACAUACCGACACUUCAGCGGGAUAUUUCCACGUGCUGGACACCGAGGACACACACACACACACACGCCUCCAUGUUCGUGUCCUGUCAAACCAAUUUCCAACCGCACACACACACACACACACUUUUGUUAAGAAGCAAACUCACUCCGCGACUUGACGGAACGGUUGCAUCCAAAGAUAGAAGACGUCUGUUCAUAAACCGUGCAAUUAACAUGUCACACUGUUGAUGUUUGUUUUGUAAAAUAUAUAUAUAUAUAUAUUAUUAUUAUUAUUAUAAUGAUGAAUAUUUCACUCACACUUGUACGACCAGCAUCGCGACGCUGAGGCUGGGAGCUGCAUCUAAACUUGUGAAGUCUGUACUAUAAAAUAAAAACAUUUAU